UGCGUUCGUUCAGCAGCGCGCAACACGCGCGUUUCAGUCCGCUGCGAGCUGUCGGUCGGGUUAUGUCGAUUACGUUCCACACCUACGGAGUCGCUUCUACUUGUUCGAUCGUAUCGAAAGCGUGCGUAAUUUGGGAAUGUAUCCUGCACGACGUGAAUGUAAAUAAUCAGUGACUCGCGUUUGCAAAAAGUAGCAAAACUAAUAGGAGUCUAAGAGUCAAUUUUAAUUAGAGUCCGACGUACACACAACAUGAGGAACUCGACAUUGCUGAAAUGGGCGCAGAAUUCGGCAAACAAUAAAAAUCAGCCGGGCAAAAACGGAGGAACGAAUAGGAACUGGAUACACCCACCGGACGCGCUCCAAAAAGGUCACAUCGCCUACCUAGUCAAGUAUUUGGGCAGCAUAGAGGUUGAUCAACCCAAAGGCAUUGAUGUUGUUAAGGAAGCGAUCUGUAAGCUGAAAUUCAAUCAACAACUUAAGAAAAGCGAGGGCACGAAAACUCCGAAGGUCGAGCUUACUAUAAGCAUCGAUGGCGUGGCAAUACAAGAACCAAAAAAAUUGACCCCCAAGCGAAUUAUGCAUCAAUAUCCGCUGCACAGAAUCUCCUAUUGCGCCGACGACAAGGGAGAAAAAAAGUUCUUCAGCUUCAUUGCAAAAGAGGAAGAUGCAGAGACACACACAUGCUUUGUAUUCGUCAGCGAUAAAUUAGCCGAGGAGAUUACGCUUACUAUUGGUCAGGCAUUCGAUCUGGCCUACAGGAGAUUUUUGGAAACUUCCGGUAAAGAUCUAGAAGCGCAACGACGCUGCAUGGUGUUGCAGCAGAAGAUAAAACGACUGGAACACGAGAACAACGUUUAUCGGCAACGGCUGCAAGAUAUUGCGGCUAUUAAAGGCUCGGCGGAUGUAUCGACGUAUCUCUCGCAACAUAAUCUUCCCGAUAUUCUUCACGUACCUGGAGCUUCGACGGACUCGUCACAAGUCAAUGGCACGACGAGCAAAUCAUUAGUGAACACAAGCAGCGACACUAAUGGGAAUACGUCCAAUGGACCACAGCAACCGCCGCCGGUUCCGCCGAGGAGUUUUGAGAAGAGUUUCGACGAUGAUUUUAUGGGAAACGAGCCGUCGCCGGCACCGUCAGUUGGCACGAAAUUAGAGGGACUCUUGAUGGACGAGUUUGACGAAGAUGAUUUCAAUCCAAGGGCUUACGAGACUGCAGCCAACGGCCUUGCCAAUCAUCAAUCUAACAACAAUCCACUUUUUAACGGUCAGCUGUCUUCGGGAUCGAACUUCUUUUCUCAAUCCAACGGCACGACUAGCUCCCCACCUCUGUUGGCUCCACCACCAAAGACGAAAGAUUCCAGACGUCAAAACGGACUUAAGGAAGAUCUGUUUGGUAGCAUUCCUUUUAAUCCUACGCCGACAUUGAACAUAAAGAGCGACUUUAAAGAUCCAUUUGAAAUGGGUGAAUUUGGAGCUUCGACCGUGCCGUCCAAUCCUAGCCAGCAGGAAUUGGAAAACGCUAUCGGUUUGUUGGACAAAAGGCUGCUGGAAAUGAAGGACGGUUUCAGUAGAGGGCUGUCUAUCGGAACUGAUGACUUUUCCCUGGAGAGCUUGGACCCACUACGAAAUUAAACUUGAUGAUAAAAAAGAAAAAAAAAUACAAUUUAACAACAAUCGAACAAAAAACUUAAGGUACUCUAAAACGCAGAGUACGAAAGACCAAUUAUAUAUAACGGAUAGAGCGAUUAAAAGGUAUGUCCGUGUAAAACCAAAAUUAGUCAAUUAAUAUCUUCUUAUACUCUUAUAUUUAUGAUGAUGUUUGAUAUAUUUAUGAUAAAUGGAAUAUAUGAGCGUGUAUCCUAUUGUAUAAUCUGCAUUAUUUGUCGCUUUAGAGCCUGUAAGAUCCAAUAUGAAUGACGCGGAAACAUAUAUGUUGUUAUUAAUUAUGAAUUUUAAUAAGAUGGGAUUUUAAGGUGAUCGGUGGAAUAAAAAAGAUGAUGUAAUACUUUUCAUGAAAAUCACAAAUAAGUAAGGUUCAAAUGAAAAGUUUCUAUAUAAAUACAUAUAAAUGUAUGUUUAUAUAAAAUGCAAUGACAAAAGUAUUUUGACGCAUCUAUCAUAUGAGUUUUUGAACCAAACAAAAUAAUAAAUGAUGUAAACCUGUAAUUAUUAAUUAUGCCAAAUCGGAAGGUGAUAAAUGGCUGAGAUUUCUUUUAAGGUAAAAAAUGUAAAUUAUAUGGAUAAUUGUAACAUACUUAAUAUCCGCGAUGUAUAUUUUUUACUCGGCUUAAUAAUCUUUAAAUCAAACUUGCGUUUAUCGAAAAGUGAGCUUGUACACGAAAAGAUAAAACUAAAUCCCGUCACGUAAUGUUAGAGAUCGUGUUAAUAAUAUUACGAAUGCGUAGAUUUCAUAGUCAAUUGAACUUGAACAUUCCGCAUAUCCUCUUUGGUCUGUCGUACGUACUUCUAUUAGACAUCUGUCUUUUAAAACGGCAAUAGAUAUCAGGAAGAAAAAAACGAUUAUGAAAUAAUAGGGGAACACGAGACAAGUCUAGAUGUGGACUUUACAUAAUAAUCUCUGUAUCUCUCUCUAUCUUUUAUAUCACAAUUCGAUCAACGUAACGCAAAGCGUUAACGAAAGGUUACGUUUACUGAUAUAUGUAAAGAUAAAUGGAUUAGUAUAAUUAUGUACAUAUAAUAAAACUUUAAUCUUAUUAUUGUUGCUAUAUUGUUUAAGAAUUGUAGUUAAGAAAAUAUAGGAUGUAAUCAUUACAACUGAA